AUGGCUUCCGACGCUAACACCGCUUCCUUCGCGAAGCCAAAGCUCUCAGAGCUAGUCCCCAUCCUUAUAGGCGAAGCGAACUUUGUCUCGUGGUCCACAGCACUCAAGUGUGCUCUCGAUACCCUAGCAGAUCACGCCGACUUCAACAAGUACACUAGCAAGUCUCGCCGCCUUCUUUCGUACCUUCACGCUACCGUCCACGCGUCUCUCAAACCCUACAUUAACAUCGCUCGUAACACCUACUCCUCAUACCAGAGUCUUUAUAAGACUUUCGCGGUUCACACCUAUAACACCGGGCUCCACAAGUGGGUUACCCUUCGCUACGCCAACGAUAAUUCGACUACCCUAUAG